CCCUUGUCCCUCCACUAGUCGGUACUUAUCGGGCACUCAUCCCGCUUCCCUCGUAGCUAGCCCGCAGCCGCGCAGCGCCCCUAAGAGCGAGCGAGUCAGGGCGGAGCGAAAUCGAGUGAACAAAAUAAAGGCGAAAGCCAUUUCUACGCGACCAAGAAAGAGAGAGGGAGGGAAAAAAAAAAAAAAGGCCAGGGUUUUUCCAGGGUUCCGAUGCCCUGACGCUUCGGGGGAGCUCGGAGCGCCGGCGAUCUCGAGCUUGGAGGAAUGACGUCCACACAGAAGGAGCUGGAGGACCGGCUUCAGGAGGUUGGGAACCGGCUCGCCUCUCCUCCGUCCGCUAUCGAUGAACUCCUCGAUCUUCUUGAUCAAACUGAGAGUUUUUUAGGAAGAGUGGAACAAUCACCAUCUGAGUCAAUGUCCAAUGCGCUUCGUCCUGCAAUGAAGGCCCUGGUCGCUAAAGAGUUUUUAGGACAUUCAGACACAGAUGUGAAAGUUGCUGUGGCAUCAUGUAUCAGUGAAAUCACAAGAAUAACAGCACCAGAUGCUCCAUAUGAUGAUGAUUUAAUGAAGGAGGUAUUUCAAAAGAUUGUUGAAGCCUUUGAGAAAUUGGAUGACAUAUCUAGUCGCUCAUAUUCCAAGAGAGUUUCAAUUCUUGAAACUGUUGCAAAGGUCCGGUCUUGUGUUGUGAUGUUGGAUCUUGAAUGUGAUGCUCUGAUUCUUGAGAUGUUUCGUCAUUUCCUGUGUACCAUAAGGCCAAAUCAUUCAGAAAAUGUUUUUAAUUCGAUGGAGACCAUUAUGACACUUGUAUUAGAGGAGAGUGAAGAUAUUUCCACAGAGCUUCUCACGUGCCUUCUAGAUACCGUAAAAAAAGAAAACAAAGAUAUAUUGCCUAUUGCUCGCAGACUUGGGGAGAAAGUGAUGAGUAAUUGCACAAUGAAGCUCAAACCUUACAUGAAAGGAUUAGUUAAUUCCAUGAGUGCUUCUUUAAGUCAAUACAGUAAAAUUAUUGGCUCGAUAUGCCAUGAGAAUUCUGAUGGCAUGGACCAGAAAGAUGCAAAUGUUUCUGGCGAGGUUAUGGCAGAUGACAGCAAACAAUCUGAGAGGACUGUUUCUGAUGAGCUGCGUCAGGGUUCUGCAAAGAUGGAGCAAGAGGUAGGUUGUGCUGAAGAAGUUGGUACUGCUGCAGACAAGUCACCUAGAUCAGUGAUGAGCAAUGGUACCGUUCAGACAGGCAAUGGCGAAUCAGUGGUGGAACCAGCAUCUCCGAGACAGAGGCCUGGACGCUCUCAUCACAAUGGUCAGUCCAAAAAUACUUCUGCAGCUAAUAGAGCUGAUACAGAUAACUUGGAGUCAUUCCCUGCAAAACCAGAGAGUAGCUCAGAUCUUAACACAAGGAAAAUAAGGGGCCGAGCCACUGACAAUUCUCGGAUCGACAGUGACAAAGAAGCUCCUGCAUUACCUAGCAGGAGGAAGGAUCGUGGUAAGGAAGCUGAUACUGCACAAUUUGAUGGUUCAUCUGGGAAAGUAGCAGACUCAGCUGAGAUGAAAGAUGUGAUUCAGCCCCAUUCUGGAUCUGAUAAUGGAACUGGCGGGGUUGCAUCACCAGACCAUAGUGAGAGUCCUGAUGCGACUCGACCCAGAAGGGGCCGACCCCCUGGGUCAAGGAUUUCCUUGAAGAGAGGUGGUGGUCAUGGUCAGGAUGAAGCAUUACCCUUGAAAGAUGUUGAUUCUAAGAAGGAGCUGGAGGGCAGUGGUGAUUCAGAAGGAAAGUCUUCGAGGCGUUCUAGCAGAAAACAUCCACGGAAUGUUGAUGAUGGUGAAACACCAACAACUGUAACAAGUGAUUCAGAAACAAAACCACAGAGACAGACUAGUAAAAAGACAUCCACAAGAAGGGUUACUGAUUUGGAUUUAUCACAUAAACAGUUAAAGUCCAAUCUCAAGCAGAAGAAUGCUGAAAAUGAUGUAGCUGGAGAGCUGAGGUUGAAGCCUGCUUUGAAAGCUGAAAAUAAAGAUCGAGGAAAUCAGGAGGAGAGUGCUCAUGCAAAAACUAAAAGAAAGCGUGCUCAAGGGACUGAAGAGGGUUCUGGUACACCAGCUCAAAGUACAGUAUUAGAUGAGAGCCUCGUCGGUUCCAGAAUUAAAGUAUGGUGGCCAGAUGACAAGGCGUUUUAUGAUGGUGUCGUUGAUUCUUUUGAUCCUGUUUCAAAAAAGCAUAAGAUUCUUUACGAUGAUGGUGACAUAGAGGUACUGUUGCUCAAGAAUGAACGCUGGAAACUGGUCAGAAUAGAUGGGGGACUGGCAAAAGAUAUUUCAGGUCUUGAUGCUUCUUCAGAAUUGCGACAAGAUAAAAAGGCAAAAACAAGUUCAAGUUCUGUUUCCAAACAUUCAAAGAUGGAGACACCAGUAAAAAGUGUGGUGUCCAGCGGUGUUGCCAGGCGUAAAGGUAGACCCAGUGGUGGAAUAACAAAUCCUGGUAAGCUGACCAGCGAUUACAGUCCAAAAACUUCAGGCAAAUCAAAAGAGAAGGACACAAGCAAGCAUGAUGAUGAUAUCCCUAAGACUGGCGGUAGGAUCAAGAAGGAUACUGGUUCUAAGUCCAAGGAUGACACUCUGAAAACUGGUGACAGGUCUACUGAUGAGACUUCUAAGAUCGACAGUAAGUCUAGGGAUGAUACACAGAAAGCUGGCAGUAAAUCCAGGGUUGAUGUCCCUAAAUCAAGCAGAAAGUUGAAGUCUGAAGACGAUAUGAUCAGUACUGGUGGCAGGGCCAAGAAGGAGGCAGUUAAAGGUAAAUCCAGUGAAGAAACUCCCAGAAGUAGCAGGAAAUCCAGGGGUGAGUCCAGGGCAAAUGGAACUUCUGAGAAAGGGAAAUCAAAGGCGGAAGAAAUUGAGACUUCUGGAAAAGUGCAAUCAGAUUCAGUGAAGGUACAAGAAAGUGAGGCUUCAACUGGGAAGAAGCGCAAAAGAAAGGGUCAAAGUUGAAUAAUUUGUGGUAACAUAUGUUUGUGUUUACUCUCUUCUUCUCUCAGGUAAAUACACCCACUUCAUUUUCUUUUACUGCCGCUGAUAGGCGUUUUCUUUUCUGUUUUGCAUUGUAACUUACCAGUUGCCUAUCUGGUAGUUCUGCGGCUGGUGACCGUGAAGUGGCUGACAGGUUUAGGAAUCAUGGAGGCUUGUAAUGUUUGGUAUUAUUACUUGGUCUUCUCUUGUAAGGAAAACAUGUUACAAGCCUCCAGUAGAUUACUUGCUUAACCUAUGUUAAAAAGUUAUCCUAGAUGGUAAUGCAGGUUGUUUCUGGUGGUCUAUCUAUAUAGUCAUUUUGAGAUUUUUUUUUU